AUGCGAGAACCAUCUAAAAGGAAGACGAAGAAUAAAUCUCAGAAGCUGGGAGAAACUUCUGUCUCUAGACCUCCUGUGCCUCUAGUCUCCUCCUCCUCUCCAGAAACCAUUCCCACACCACCAGAACCUACAUCCCCAACCUCUGAACUAAAACCCACCUCUCCCACCCUGGAAGAAGCAGUAUCCUUAUUUGCUGAGUCUUCAGUGGAAAAGAUCAGAUCAUUAUCUGAAAACUCUGGUAUCAGUGAUGAUCCCUCUGCAGUGAGGAUUCACUGGAACCGAGUGAUUAGAUGGAUGACUUAUGAGGCUUUCAAGCUGAAAGGCCUAUCUAAACAAGUUCGUAACGACUUCAUCAGAGAAGCUGGAGAGAGGUUGCAGGCACGUCUAGCCAGAGAGACAGAAGAGAAGACUAGAAGAGAAGCUGAAGAGAAGACUCGUCUAGAGGAAGAACAAAGAGAAAGAGAAGCUGCAGAGAAGGCCGCUGCUGAGGCUGCUGCUGAUGCUGAAGCUGAAGCCAAAGCAAAGGCUGAUGUUGAAGAAGCAACACACAUAGCUGCAGAAGAAGCUGCCAAGGCAAGGAAUGACGCUCUGACUCAGGGGGAGCAAUCUCACUCUGACUUUGCUCAUCUAGUGUUAAAGACUCUGGAAGAGCUACAGAAGGAGCAACAAAUUGUAAGAGCCAGACUGGAUUAA